AACAGUCAAAGAACCAAAGACAGUUGGAGAACAGUCGAAGAACCGUUGAACAGUUGGAGAACAGUUGAAGAACAGUUGGAGAACCGAAGACAGUUGCAGAACAGUCGGAGAACAGUUUCAGAACCGAAGACAGUUGGAGAACAGUGUGAUUUCAUGUAAAGUGAGCUGAAGGAACAGGAUGUUUGUGGUUAAUUCCCUUCGUUCUUUCUUUUCUUCUUCUGGACCAUCAACAAGUGACAGUGGAGUUGAUCAUCCCUCGAGGGAAUCCAUCUCAUUCUGGACUUUGAAUGUGACCGUACUGAGAGCAAAGACAUCCAACAAUGACUAUGGGACCCAGUCGGACCUCUUCGUCUCUCUCUCUCUUCCUACGGCCUCAGUUCGUCUCUAUCGUACACAGACUGUUCCACACACUAACCGUCCACAGUGGAAUGAAACCUUCACCUUCAGGUUCCCCAUCCAAGUCAAAAAUAUUCUGGAGAUCAGGCUGUACGAUGCAGAUCCUCUGUGGGAUGAUCUGAUGUGCACAGUUCUGUUGGACAUCAGCACCCUCCUCAUCGGUGAGAAGCAGACCAGGACGUUCAUCACAAACCCACCGACAAACGAUGAACUUGUGAUGGAGUUUGAGCUGUUGAAGAGUGAUGAAAUUAAUGAUGCGUACCAUUCCAAUGGCAUCGUUGUGACCGCCCCCAUCACUGCUCUGAACGUUGGCAUUGAGGAGCUGCUCAACAACUUCAGUGUCAAGAACAAGUUGCUGUGGAUCGUUGGAUCUUACCAGGGGACUCAACCUCUGACUUCAACAGAAUCUACAAACCUGUGUUUUUACAUUAACAGAGACUUGGAAACUGAAAUGGCACUUAUAUCUAAAGAUGAUCCUGAAGCCGCUUCGUCCGCUCAAAUGGUCCAGUUAGAUCCACUUCCUGCCAAUCACUCAGGAAAAGUGUCCCUAGAAAUGGGCCAGGAUGUGGUGGAUCUGGACAUGGAAACAAAUGAACAUCAGAAUAAAGAGCCUGAUGUUCGGAUGCAGUUCGAUAUUCCACCGGAAGAGAAAGAGUUUCUGAAGCAGAGGAAGGUGGUUGUGGCAGAGGCGCUCCAGAAACUCCUGGGCUUCAGAUCUGGACUGAAACCUGAGCAGGUACCGACCAUAGCGGUGGUGGCUUCAGGAGGCGGAGCCAGAGCCAUGACCGGUCUGCUGGGUGGUCUGAAGGCUCUGAAGGAGAUGGGGGUCCUGGACACCGUCACCUACAUCACUGGGGUUUCAGGGUCCACAUGGACCAUGUCUGCUCUGUACCAGGACCCCAACUGGUCCACUAAGGACAUGGACACUUUCAUUAGAGCAGAAAAGGAGCAGAUGACCAAGAGUACCCAAAGUGCCUUCACACCUGACAAAAUGCAGUAUUACCAUGAAGAAAUGAAAGCCAAGGAGGACGACGGUCACCCGGUGUCGUUCUCGGACAUGGCGGGCCUGGUCUUUGAACACCUCAUCUUUGGGAAGAAAAUGACAGGUACACUGUCUGAGCAGCGGAGAACUGUGAGUGAAGGCCAAAACCCUCUGCCCAUUUACACCGCCGUCAACAUGAAGGACAAAGACCAACCUGAGUCUGAAGCAGAGUGGUGUGAGUUCACCCCCUAUGAGGUCGGCCUCCUCAGGUACGGCGCCUUUGUCCCCUCGGAACACUUCGGCAGUCACUUCUUCCUUGGCCAUCUUGUGGAGAAACUGCCAGAGCUCCGCCUCCCUUAUCUAAUUGGCAUUUGGAGCAGCGCAUUGGCCGUCAACGUGACCGAGGUGUGGAAGAGCGUGACGGGGGCGGUUCCACCGUGGAGCGUCCACGGAGAACAUGUCCCACAUACGGAGUCAUGUGACCAGCCCUCCUCUCUGGACACCGCUGCACUGGUUCCUGCCUCAGACAUCACCAGCGUGUUGACUCACUUCUUCAGCGCUCGAGUAGGUGCCGCGGAAACCUUCAACUACAUGCGUGGUUUCUUCCUGCACUGGAACUACGACAAACAUCCCAACUUUGCAGCCUGGAAAGAGAAAAACCCGGAGCUCUUUCCACACCAGCUGACUCCCAGUGACUCCAUGUUGCAGCUGGUGGACGCCGCUCACUCCAUCGACAUCGGCUGUGCUCCGGUUCUGAGGCCCGAGAGGAACGUGGACGUCAUCAUCAUCUUGAGUUAUUCAUGGGAGCCAGAGCACAUCCACAGAGUCAUCCAGCUGACGGCGGACUACUGUCAGGACCACCGGAUCCCCUUCCCACAGGUGGACUGGUCCAGACUGGACCAGGAUCCACAGGAGGUCUACGUGUUUGAGGAUGAGCAGGACCCAGACGCUCCAGUGGUCAUUCACUUCCCACUGGUCAACAUCAGCUACAGACACUACAAAAGCCCAGGUGUAAAGCGUCAGACUGAGGAGGAAAUCCAGGCUGCAGAUGUGGACGUGAGGAGCUGGACGUGUGCAGAUGAAAGGCUGAAGCUGACCUCCAGUGAACAGGACUACCAGGCCCUGGUGGACUUAGCCUAUUAUAACGUCCUCAACAACAAAGAGACGGUCCACAGCAGCAUCUGGAAGGAGGUCCAGAAGAAGAAGAACCAACCAGAACCACAGACAGGCUGGUGUACCCUGCACUGACUGGACCAGACUGGUCUAACCUGGACCAGACUGGUGUAACCACUGUUGGGCAAAUUACUUUUAAAAAGUAAUUAGUUAUAGUCACUAGUUACUCUCCCAAAAAAGUAAUUGAAUUAGUAAUGGAAUUACUCAUUCAUAAAUGUAAUUAGUUACCAGGGAAAGUAAUUAUUGCGUUACUUUUUUUUGAAAAACCUUCAAAUAUGUAAAAGAAAACUGAUUUUUGAGUGUGUUUCAGUCAUGACAAUUUCAUUCUGAGUUGUGUAGGACAGGUUUUAGACAUUUAGACAUUUUCAUGUGUGCAUAUAUAUAUACAUAUAUAUAUAUCAGGACCUGUCUCCACUAGUCUCCAUCCACUACUGUGUACUCUAUCAGUCCAACCUCUGUCCGUAGUGUUUAGUCACUGAUGCUGACACACAAAGGGUAACAGUCGGUCUCUGCUAGAAGUCCCACCUCUAACGUAAAUGUCGCUCUCUGAUUGGCUCUUUGGCUUUGCUAACGUCCAUGUGAUUGGCUCUCCCCGCUGUCACUCCAUCUACUUGUAAAAUGAACCUGUUAGUUGGAGCGCUAAUGUCAGUUUUCAGUUUGUUUGUAUUUGUUUUGUUUGGGUCACAUCAGACAGACGCAUUAGAAUAUGAGUGGAGUCAGUUACAUUUGGAUGUGUGUGUGUGUGUGUGUGUGUGUGUGUGUGUGUGUGUGUGUGUGUGUGUGUGUUCAGUAAUUAGGAUGUAAAG